UAUCAUCCGGCAAGCUCUGACCGCAGGCUCGAGCCAUUGAUUCGCUCCACGCACCCUGGUCUUGGUGAUCAUCAUCAUCGAAUUGCAUCAAAACAUCACUGAACCCCUCCCACGGACACAAUGGCCGCUGCCACCGCCAUGUCCAGGGUUCAAUUUCCGCACGGCGCACCAUUCGCCGCCUCACCUCACUCCUCGGAGUCCUCACCUGCAGCGGCAUCAUCUACGUCAAGCGCCGCUCAGCCGCGACCACGUCGCACCUCGAGACGCACCUCUCACCGUGACGCUGCCCCUCAAUCUUCGGCACCGAUCACAACUGCCACCGCUGGCCCUCCGCCACGGCCGCCUCGCAGGCGCUCAUCUACUGCUGACCAUCCUGGUCCGGCAUCAUCGUACGGCAAAGCUUCAUCUUCCUCUUCAACAAUACCUUCACAGCCUGCUCGCCCAGCUUCGGCUACGUCUCGGAUGAAGAGAAUCUCACUGGCGGCUUUCGGGGUCAACAAGGGCAAGGAGACCAAGAGAAGUCGCGACGCUCGUCCAUCGACAAGUCAAGGAAGUGAUUCUGACGGGGCCCUCGGCAAGCUUGCCUUCGCUGCCCUGAGCACACCCGAGUUGCACCUCUCUUCCGACCCUCUCAUCGACGUCGAAGACGCCGAACAUCGUCACUAUGUCUUUCCGUCCAAGCGCCGGGGCGCAGUAGACGAUGAUGACGAUGGCAUGGACGCACUACCCCUGAGUGGAGAUGCUGCGUACAUGAGUUUUGGCGCCAUCGCCCUUCAGACCCAUGGAGACGCUGUCGAGCCCCGUCGGGAGCGCAACGGUAGCAACAACACCACCAUCAUCCGUCGCGAUUCGGAGGACGAGACGCCUGCACGCCCGGCGCCCUCGACACCCUCAUCAUCACAGGGCAAUUGGUUUGCAAGGAGAGUCAGGAAGUUGAGCGCGAGUGCCACGACCCCAACCAAGUCUAUCGCAGCUCCCUCCGCGCCGACGCUCCAGACACCGCCUGCGCCAAGCAGCUCACCAGGAGCGGCAACGGCAGCGGCGCCUCGCCCUUCAAUGUCGAGCUCGCUCUAUGACAGUGGCUCCGACAUGUCUCUUGGAGGCGGCGAGUACGGCUCCGGCUUCUUCAGUGACACGGCGAGAAACUCCUCUGUCAGUCAGCUCACAAGCCCCACCGAAUGGUCCGUCAAUGCGACUGCUUCCGAUGCUUGCACCGAAGCUCUUCAGCGCCUUCGUACGGCAAGAUCCUAUCUGCACGAUGAGCUGUCCAAGCUCACCAUCGAGGAGAUGGCGCAAGACAAAGGCCGGAUCACUGCUCUUGCGCUACGACAACGACGAGGCAGCGACGCUUCCGUGUCACGAGAGACACGCGAGUUCUGGGACUCGAUCUCAAAUGGCGUCCUCCUUUGCCUGCUACUCAAUCGCCUGAUGCCAGGUGUGGUAGAGAAGAUUGACCGCCGCGACGUCGACUGGGUCAAGGCAGACAACCUUUCUCGCUUCCUCCGCGCCCUUCGUGACCACUUUGGCAUCAAGACGCAAGACCUCUUCCACCCACUGGAUCUUGCCGAUGCCACGGUGGAAGGCCUAGAUCGCGCUGUGCACACCAUUCUUGCCCUGCGAGCGGUCGCAAAGAGCAAAGGCAUCACUGUCAGGUCGCCAAGCAUCCACAAUGAGCGCCGUCAUUCGAAGCGCAGGAGCCUCAUCGCGUCGACUCCGCAGACGCCAGAAACAGCCUACAAUGAAAUCUCGCCCGCCGAUUCGGGUCGUCUCAGUGCGUCACCAACAAAAAAUGGUGGCGGCUCGGAUGAUGCUUCUGAGAUGACAGUGCUGCAACACCGCCAGGCAGCUGAGGCUAAGCUCUUCCGCAAUGUGGUCCCUGUCCCCGCUGGUACGAAUGAGGUCAAUGGACGACAGCGACGACGCCGCUCCAAUGAGCAGCCAGCGCCGAUGCCCCGCCUCAAGACCCCGAGCAUCACCUUCGAUGAGAGCACAAUCGCACCCAAACAGUCCGUCGAUGAUGACUUCUCUUCCCGUACUCCGUACCGGGAUCGCAAAAUGAGCGAAUCUGCUCUGAGUCUGACUGGAGUAGCCGAAGAAGAGCACGAGGAUGCGCACUCACAUUCGCACCCGAAAUUCUCAGAGGGCGAAAGCCUCGAGGUGGUCGUCGACGACGAGUCUACAGUCGACGAUCGCUCCGUCUCUCCUCCCAUGGCUGGCAGCGGCAGGCCUCGUCUCAUUGCGCCAAUGGCUCAGCGUAGGAUCAGCCAGGAGAUUGGCAUUGGCGGCAUCGCCCUCAGCAGCAGCCCGCGUAACUUCCGAGGCUCCUUUGACGGCGCCAUGCUGAGCACAGACAGUCUCAAUGGCUCCCCAGUGCGCCACGUACCAACCAGACGACACAGUGCUCGAGCCACUGCCUCUGCGCUCAAUCCCUCGCGCGACUCGCUACUGUCGUCGACGUCUACAGCGGCCGGCUUGAGCUCGUCGCCGCCAGGUAUUUCGACUGACAGCCUUAUGGCUUCCCCACGCUUGCCCUUUCCCCGCCCCUCGACGACGGCGGACACGCCCAAUGCUCGCCGCAUGAGCGCCAAUCUGAGCGUCGAUGUUGCCGCGGCUUCCUCGCCCAGGGCGACCCCUGUUCGACCAGCAUUCCGUCAUAUGCGCUACACGUCUGAGGUUCAUCUACCUACCUCGGGCGCCAGCACCGACUCCUUUGUGACCUCGCCAGCCACCCCCUCGCCCUUCGAGCGCAGCGAGCGGGGCAGGAUGUUCGGAACACCCUCGACUGACGUCACGCCUCGUGCGCGCUUCGACUCUGGCGUCGGUUCCAUCUACGGCUCGAGCGCCACCAAUCUCCUGAGCCAGGAAGACUUGGCCACGCCCAGCUCUGCAGCCGCGACUGCCAAGGCUCAAAGCCGCAGCGAAGCAGCAUCGCGCCAUAAGCUCGUGCUUGAGGAGGGUGAUAAGAAUGUGACGUACCAGAUGGGCAACUGCAUUGGUCGAGGCCAAUUCGGAUCCGUCUACCGCGCGCUCAACCUCACGUCGGGUCAAGUCGUUGCCGUCAAGCGCAUCAAGCUCGAAGGAAGAUCGGAAGAGGAAGUCAUGGAGCUGAUGAACGAGGUCGAUCUGCUGAAGAGUCUUGUGCACCCGUCUGUCGUCAAAUACGAAGGCCUUGUACGAGGCCCAGAGGUGGUGUCGAUUAUCCUGGAGUACGUCGAGAAUGGCUCACUCCUUCACACGCUCAAGGCCUUUGGCAAUUUCCCGGAGAAGCUCGUCGCAAGCUACGUGGUCAAGAUCCUCGAGGGCCUCUCCUACCUCCACGAGCAAGAUGUAGUGCACUGCGACCUCAAGGCGGCUAACAUCCUCACGACCAAGAACGGCAACGUUAAGCUCUCGGACUUUGGUGUAUCUCUCAACCUCAAGGCUAUGGAAAAGGUCCAAAAGAAUGACGCCAUGGGCACGCCCAAUUGGAUGGCGCCCGAGGUCAUUGAGCUCAAAGGUGCUUCCACUGCCGCGGACAUCUGGUCGCUCGGCUGCACGAUCAUCGAGCUCCUCACGGGCAAGCCACCCUACGGCGACAUGCUGGCCAUGUCUGCCCUCUUCCGCAUCGUAGAGGACGAGCGCCCGCCCAUACCCGAAAAGUGCUCCGACUCGCUCAAGGACUUCUUGGUGCUGUGCUUUCAGAAGGACCCAACGAAGCGACCCACUGCGGAGGCACUUUUCGAGCAUGAUUGGCUGCUGGAGAUGUGGAUGGGUCACAAGGAGCUUAAGGAGCUACGAACGCAGGAUAGCGUGCCAUUCCUGCGACGCAUCAGCCUCGACUCGAGACGACCGGACGUCAAGAAGCUGCACGCUGCAGUUAGUGAGCUAGCCGAGACGACCACGGCGGAAACGAGUCCGCAGCGGCCAAAGUUCGAUGGACGCUCCUUCUCUACGCCGGCUCAUGAGGCAUGGUCUUCGACUGACAGCGGUGCCGGAGGCGGUGCUGGUGGAGAUGCCAGCAACGGUUCCAGCCGCGGCGGUCACACUCAGAACGACAGCAGCGAGGACCGCAACGAGGACAGCGCUAUGCUACAGUCGCCCGAACCUGCCUCUGCCUCGCGGGAUGGCAUCCCCUCUCUCGACCCAUCCAUGCUGGACCUGAGCAGCCCCUCGCCCGACAUGGGCCCCCUCACGCCAGAGGAAGAGACGCGUCAGCACUCCUUUGUCAAGAGCACAUUCAGCAAAGCAGUGCGCUGCCGCAUCUGCAGGGAGAGUGUGCGCAAGCAUGCUGUGCUGUGCGAAGACUGCGGGCUGAUCUGCCACGCAAGCUGUGCGAGAGAGGUGGGGUCGCCGUGCAACCUGAGGGCGCAGAUGAUGCUAUUGAGGCAAAGUGAGGUGCUGGACAAGACGACCGCGAACAACAGCGGUGGUGCCAACGGCACAUCGGCACCCUCAUCGCCUGGCCAUACGUCUACGACACUGCUGCCCGUCUCCUUUCGCUUGCCAUUCGGCAAGGGGAAGCGCUUUUACUCCUUCAAGACAGCCGACAGCAGCGCCGAGAGCUCCGAUAAUGCGAACACGACGGCGGUGUCUGCAGCCGAUACGGCCAAGGGCAGCAUUGGUGGUAGCAGCUCACAACACUCGACGGAGCGCGGCGGAGCAGCAGCAUCGGGUGGCGCCAGCGGUGGGCGUAAGCGUCGCAUUUCACUUAUGCCUACGCACAAGUUCCGGGCACGCUCCCCAGCCCCAGCCUCGAGGCCUUCCUCUCCCAGCACGGAGACGAAACCUCUCCCCAGCAUCGCCUUUGCGCCUCUCCCUGACACAUCAACUCAUGCGCCGCCAGCUUCACCGCCCCUCCCACCCUCCUCGCCCAAUCUCAUGCAAUCACCAACCGCAGCAGAGAUCGUGCAUGCACGCACCGCCCCCGAGCGGAGAGCGAGCGCCGUCUCCUUUGGUAGCAGCAUGAGCCCCUCGAGCUCGAUCUCGAGCGCGGCGAGCGCGAGCCACAGUCAUAUGGAGGUAAUCUGGCAGAAGGGGAACAGCGCUUCUCCGGCUGUUGCCGCAAGACGACCCUCUUUGACCACGACAAUGGCUGCCUCUGGGCCGGGAUCGCCUGUAGACGGCGGUGGCAGGCGAGGUUCAGCCACGACAACGACUGCAGCAUCUCCCACCUCGCAGCAAUCCCAUUCCUCUCCCGUCGUAACCACGACGUCAACUACGGCCACGCCGCGCCCGCGCUUCAAGCACAGGCCGAGCCACUCGCUCGCCACCCUCAGUCCUUCGCGGAUCAAUGUGAACGAUGAGCGCGAUGAGGCUGUAGAGAGUGCCACGCCAGGCCACGCUUCUGCUGAUGCGACCCUGUCUGCCAGCGCUGCCAAGGCGAACGGGGCCGCCCCCAAGGAGGAGGCUGGGAGGCCGAAGCGCAACAGGAAGACGUCCUUUGCUGGGUUGGGGAGCAGCAAGAUGGGCGGAGGCGCCGCUGGCUCAUCGGGCGGUAACGGCGCAAGCGGCCAGGCAAAGGAGGACUGCCUCAUCAUGUGAGGAGUCCCGGAUGACUGCACCGCCAUGAGGAUGCUAUGGCGCAGCUGUGACGUCCUUUCUAUUCCUUCUAUCUAUUCCUCGGAUUCGUCUCCUCUCCCACUUCCACUGCAAUACCUCUCAUACCCGGACACACACCAACCACCCAGUGCCGAGCGCCUCGACGUACCUACCCUUUCAUCCCAUUUGUCGGACUCCGUACAACCUUACCUAUCUCUCUUCUGACUUCUUAGCUGCGAAACC